AUGUCUACUAUUAGUUCGGUUUCAUCACAACGACUAAAUAGUGCCACAUCGGCGAAUGGCAGCUACCCCUCCUCGAUCCACGGCUCAGAAUAUGCUUUAUCUUCUUGCUCUUCGUCCACCUCCACCUCUUCCUCUUUAGCCUCUUCAGUUGUUUCCACGAGACACAGAUUCAACCCAACAUUUGCAUUCCAUAAUUUCAUCGAGUCUUUUAAACCAUUCGACUAUUCAUCACUACCCCCGGUAUACUUGGACCAUUUUCAACUAAACUCACAACAAACAAAAGAGUUUGGUGAAGAGCUCAAUACACAACAUGGGAACCCAGCAGGUACCCAAGUAAAGAAUCAAAUUGGAUCUAGUACCAGUCCCAAUUUAAAUUCACUUGUACUGCCGAGAAGAAGUCAACUAGAUGGCAGCAAUGAAGCAGCACUACACCCAGCACAUCCCAACUUUGACUAUUCCCAAUUCACACAACUCGAACGAGAUGCCAUUAUCACGGCAAUGAGCCCCUUGAGCAAAAAGUUGCGUGCACGACACUUGACGUGGAUCUCGCUUGGGGCAAGUAUUGGUACUGGAUUAUUCAUUACCCUGGGUGUGUCCUUACACCAUGCAGGACCAUUGGGUCUUUUAUUGGUAUGGAUGUUUAUAGGAAGCUUGGUCUUUGCCACAAUGUCGAGUUUGUCUGAAUUGGCCACUGCAUUCCCUGUGAGUGGUGCAUUUGUUACUUUUCCAACCCUCUUUAUCGAUAAAUCGCUUGGUUUUGCCAUUGCUUGGAACUAUGCCUUGCAGUGGUUGAUCACAAUGCCGCUAGAGUUGGUUGCUGCUUCAAUGUGUAUUCAGUAUUGGCGACCAGACUUGAAUCCUGCGAUAUUUGUUACUGUUUUUUACGUUGUUAUUGUAUUUAUCAACUUGUUUGGUAUCAAGGGGUAUGGUGAGAUUGAGAGUGUGAUGAGUUUGAUCAAGGUGAUUGCUGUUAUUGGGUUUAAUAUCCUUGCAGUGAUUAUUGUUGCUGGUGGUGUUCCAGGACAGCCAUAUAUAGGAGGUGCCAACUGGCAUCAGCCACAAGGUGGUCUUUUCAAUUCUCAUUCUCCAUUUAAGCAAAUGUGUUAUAUAAUAUCCAAUGUUUCGUUUGCAUUUGCUGGAUUGGAGUUAUUUGCGUUGGGUGCGGUUGAAUCGGCAACACCAAAGAUUUCGAUAAACAAGUCGAGAAAGUGGAUCUUGUAUCAAAUUGUUAUAUUUUACCUUGUGUCAAUAGUUAUGAUUGGGUGUCUUGUGUCGUACAAGAAUCCACAAUUGGAUCCAGCAACCUCACGGGAUGGUGGUUUGGGUAUUGAUGUUAAUACUUCUCCAUUUGUUAUUGCCAUUAGACUUGCCAAUAUCCAUGCUGGGCCUUCUAUUAUGAAUGCUGCAACCAUUAUUACAGUUGUAUCUGUGGGUAAUGCCUCUGUGUAUGCCUCGACUCGUGUGCUUUGUGCUGUUGGUGCUUUAAGACAAGGUCCCAAGUUUCUUCGGUAUAUUGAUAGAAAGGGUCGUCCAAUGGGUUGUCUUGUUGUUCAGUUUCUAUUUGGUCUUUUGGGGUAUUUGGUGUGUGUGCCUGGACGCACAACAACGGCGCAGAUAUUUGCAUGGUUGUUGAGUUUGAGUGGGUUGAGUGCUUUAUUUACCUAUUUGUCUAUCAAUCUAUCGCAUUUGAGGUUUCGCCAGGCAUUGUAUCAUCAGGCAAGAUCACCUAAACUGGAGUUGUUGUAUACUUCGCCCGUGUGGUGCUCGUGGUAUGCCAUUGUAACCACAUUGAUUGCGCUAGUUUUGCAGUUUUGGGCUGCAUUGUGGCCUCCAGGUAGUGGUACCGGUGGUGGUGGUACCGGUGGUGGUGGUACCGGUGGUGGUGGUGGUGCUGAUGUAAAGUCCUUUUUCCAAGUGUAUCUUAGUUUACCAGUGUUUCUCCUUUCUUAUGUGGCACACAAGGUGUACGACUAUUAUUGGAAUGGAGUGCCCUUGUUCAAGUUGUGGCUCGCUGUGGAUGAGAUUGAUGUUGAUUCUGGCAGGAGGCAGGUUGACUUGGAGGUGGUGAAGCAGGAGAUUGCCGAAAGGGCCAAUAUGCUUGAAACAAAACCCUGGUGGUUUAGAUUAUACCACUUCUUUUGCUGA